UUACUUCCUAGAACUACACGAAGUCGUAACACUUGCAUUUAGAUAUGCUAUGUCUCAUUUGCUGGGUAAGGUGAUGUGUUACGAAAGAAGGGGGGUCCCAGAUAUGUCUAUGCUGUCCCUGAGACCUGAAGUCUUACAUAAACCUUACAGCCUAAUCUGACCUGCAAUCUCUGGAAUCACCUGUUGGAGGUCACCUGGUGGUGUCAACUAGCCCUCAG